AUGAUGUUGUCGAUACCCCGCCUAGCGACCAUCGCAGCACUGCUGCUAUGGUCGCCGAGCACGUUGGCCGCGCCCACACAGGACACCCCUCUAGCUCCACGACAGGACGAGGACUGGCAUUGGGUUGCAACAUGGACGUCCAUGCCGCAGCUCGUCGAGCCAAACAACAUGCCCCCAGCGCCGUUUAGCGGCAGCGCAACCUUCAAGGACGCCACCCUCCGCCAAACCCUCCACCUCUCCCUCGGCACCUCCCGACUCCGCCUCCAAAUCAGCAACACCUUCGGCACCACCCCCCUACCCAUCACUGCAGCCACUAUCGCCCUACCCUCCAGCGGUAAACCAGGCGUCUCCUCCAUCGACACCACCACCCUCCAGCCCCUAACCUUCCACAACGGUUCCUCCACCAUCACCAUCCCCGCCGGCGAAACAGCCUACACCGACCCGAUCGACUUCCCCUCCCCUAUUCCGGCCCAAUCCAACAUCGCCGUGUCACUGUACUCGCAAGCCGGUCAGGCCGGGUCGAGUAUCACAGGCCACCCAGGGAGUAGGACUACGUCGUGGAUGGUAGCGGGGAAUAACGUUGAGGCGGCCACGCUGUCGGGAGGAAGUGGUGUGGCGAAUACGAAGCACUGGUAUUUUGUCAGUGCGGUCGAGGCGUGGGCGCCGCCGACGAUGGGGGCGUUGGUGAUUCUGGGGGAUAGUAUUACGGAUGGGAGGGGGAGUACGGAUGAUGGGAAUGAUCGGUGGCCGGAUUUGUUGCUGGCAAGGAUGCAGCAGGCGUCGAAUGGGAGUGGUGCGGCGGUGGUGGGGGUGAAUAACCAGGCGGCUGGGGGCAAUGCCGUGUUGACGGGGGGACUGGGCCCGACGCUGUUGACGCGGUAUCAGAGGGAUGCGCUGCAGGUGGCCGGGGUGAAGUAUGUGAUGAUUUUUGAGGGGGUGAAUGAUAUUGGUGGGGGCAGCGCGGAUAGCGGGACGCAGACGAGGAUUGGGACGGAGUUGCAGGAGGCGUUUGCGAAGAUUGUGGGGGAUUGUAAGGCGGCGGGGAUCAAGACGAUUGGGGGGACGAUUACGCCGUUUGGGGGGAAUGGACAGGCGUAUUCGAGUCCUGUGAGGGAGGCUGCGAGGGUGGCGGUGAAUGAGUGGAUUUUGGGGAGUGGGACGUUUGAUGCGACGGUGGACUUUGCAAAGUUGAUUGGGGAUCCGACGAUGGUGAGCCAGUUGGCGGGGAAGUAUGAUGGGGGGGAUCAUUUGCAUCCGAAUGUGGCGGGAUAUCAGGCCAUGGCGGAUGGGUUUCCUUUGGACUUUUUUGAUGCUUGA